AUGGUUUCAAUUUCAAGUGAAGCAGCACGAAAAACAGUAGAAGCUCUCACACUUCUUCACCAUCCAUCACUCUCUCAAGCUCUCAAAGCCUUCACAUCCCUUUCCCAACUCAAACAAACUCAUGCCCAUCUCAUCAUCUCCGGUCUCACUCCCAAUCUCUUCACAACCACUCGCCUUCUCGCCUGCGCGGCCCUUUCCCCUUCUGCCCACAACCUUUCUUAUGCUGCCGCAAUCUUCCAGCACUUCCCCAAACCCUCCCUCUUCAUGUACAACACCAUGCUUCGCGCCUUGUCUUACCACCCGGAUCGGUACUACGUUUGCUUUGAGUAUUACAAGCGUCUGUUAUGUAACGGGUUUGUACCCGAUAAGUUUACUUUCCCUUUUGUUGUUCGCGCUUGUUGGGUUUUUGGUGAUCUGGGUCUUGGACAACAAGUGCAUUGUCACAUAUUGAAAUUUGGGUUGGGUUGUGAUGUGUUUGUUGUGAAUCAUGUUUUGAAUAUGUACUUGGGGUUUGGCGAAUUGCAUUACGCGCGUAAUGUGUUUGAAGAAUGUUUGGGGUUCGUUGAUGUUGUGUCGUGGACGAGUUUGAUUAGCGGGUGUUGGAGUUUGGGGGAGGUUGAGUUGGCGAGAUGGUACUUUGAUGUUAUGCCUUGUAAGAGUGUUGUUUCGUGGAAUGUGAUGAUUUCUGGGUUAAUGAGAAUUGGGAGAGUCAGUGAAGCGCGGAAGGUGUUUGAUGAAAUGCCUGAACGAGAUGUGGCAUCGUGGGGUGCUAUGGUUUCUGGGUACUCGCAAUGUGGGAUGGGCGGGGAGGCUUUGAGGGUUUUUAGGGAAAUGGUUGAGGCCAUGGUGGUUCCUAAUUUGCCUGCUUUGGUUAGUGCUGUUUCGGCUUGUGCACAGUUGAGGGCAUUGGAUGAUGGUGUGUGGUUGCAUGAUUAUAUUGUUAAAAACAAGUUUGAUAUUGAUGUGACUUUGGGCACGGCGCUUUUGGACAUGUAUGGGAGGUGUGGAUAUAUUGAGAGGGCUGUUGAAGUCUUCAAUUGUAUGGCUGAGAAGAAUGUGCUUUCUUGGAAUUCAAUGAUUGCUAGCUUGGCAAUGAAUGGGUUUGGAAGGCUAGGGUUGUCGUUAUUUUGGCAAAUGCAACUUUUUGGCCUGAAACCUAAUGAUUUUACAUUCAUUGCUUUGUUUGCUGGGUGUAGUCACUCAGGGUUGGUUGAUGAGGGACUUCGGCUUUUUGGUCUUAUGACUCAAAAGUAUAAGAUUAAACCACAACGAGAGCACUAUGGUUGUGUGGUUGAUCUUCUUGGACGAGCAGGCAUGAUUGAAGAAGCAUUGAAAUUUGUUCAAGGGAUGCCUGUUGAGCCUCAUCCUGAGUUGUGGGGUUCCCUCGUUGGUGCGUGUAGCAUUCAUGAGGAUAUUGAACUUGGCAGAAGACUGGGAAAACACCUCAUCAACUUGGACCUUCAGCGCUGUGGCAGAUAUGCUUUAUUAUCUAAUCUAUUUGCAUCUGCCAGAAGAUGGGACGAUGUGGAAAUGGUAAGGAAGUUGAUGAAAGAUAGAAAGGUGUUGAAGUCCCCAGGCAACAGUGUUGUGGAAUCAUAA